AUGUUGAGUGCAUUUGCCGGACAGCCAAGGUCCAUUUUCUCUCGCAUACAGUCGGAUCAACAAUCGAACCCCAAAAUUCAGAUAGUAACAUCAACAAUGGUGCCAAAGGUGAAAUUAGGUUCACAAGGCUUACUUGUUUCAGCACAGGGACUCGGUUGUUUUGGUAUGUCCGGAAGCUACGGACUCCCCAAACCCGAACCCGAUAUGAUCAAACUCAUUCACCACGCCGUUGACUCCGGUGUCACGUUCCUUGACACCUCCGACAUCUACGGCCCUCACACCAACGAAAUUCUCGUCGGCAAGGCGUUGAAAGAAAAUGGAUUGAGAGAGAAAGUCCAAAUUGCUACCAAAUUUGGAGUACGAUGGAUCGAUGGUAAGCCGGAUGUUUGUGGUGAUCCGGCGUAUGUCCGGUCAUGUUGUGAAGCUAGCUUGAAGAGACUUGACAUUGAUUGUAUCGAUCUUUACUAUGCUCAUCGGAUUGAUAUUCGAGUCCCGAUUGAAGUCACGAUGGGAGAACUGAAGAAACUGGUUGAAGAAGGGAAAGUGAAGUAUGUAGGAUUAUCAGAAGCAUCUGCCUCUACGAUCAGAAGGGCUCAUGCUGUUCAUCCAGUAACAGCAGUACAGAAUGAGUGGUCUUUAUGGUCAAGAGAUUUGGAGGAUGAAAUUGUUCCUACUUGCAGAGAACUUGGCAUCAGGAUUGUUCCUUACAGUCCGAUUGGCAGAGGGUUCUUGGCCUCGGGUCCUAAUUUGGUGGAAAGCUUAAUAGAGGGCGACAUGAGGAAGCUCAUGCCAAGGUUUCAGAAUGUGGACCACAAUAAGAUUGUGUUCGAGCGAGUGAGUGAGAUGGCUACAAGGAAAGGGUGCAGUGCGGCUCAACUAGCCCUAGCAUGGGUGCACCAUCAAGGAACCGAUGUGGUUCCAAUACCAGGGACCACAAAACUAGAAAACUUUAACCAAAACGUUGGAGCUUUGUCUAUUAAGCUAACCCGAGAGGAAAUUGUGGAACUUGAAUCUUUUGCUUCAAGUGAUGUAGUGAAGGGGGAAAGGCAUGCAUACAUGCAAAUGACAUGGAUAAAUUCGGAGACUCCUCCGUUGUCAUCUUGGAAACGUGAUUAACGUGUUGUAGCACCGUAUACUGUUCUUCGUGCCCACCCCACAAGUAACAGUACCGGAGUUAACGUUGCUAACUAGGAAGCUGUCAAGUUGUCAGAUAUUUGCCAUGUCAGCUAAAUGAUGCUUUAAUAACUGUACCCUUGGUUUGGAGGUGUUCUUAAAGAUUGUUGAAUUCCUGGUGUUCUUGGUUAUAAUUUCAGUAGGCUAGUUAUCUUUUUAUUAGUUAUCAGCAGACCAUGUUGGUAAUGGAGCCAUAUGAUAGAGUGAGAAUGGUCACAUGGGUCAUAGGGGACCAUACUCAAACGUUCCUAUGAUGUGUUUGACUGACAAAGAAAUGUUUAAUGUGACGACCGACAAAAAUCAUGCAAGUCAUUUAAUAUGGUGCACAAUAUUUUCAUGAUUAAACUUUAUAAACGAUAAA